AUGCCAUGGAACCGCUUCCACGCCGCUACCUCGAUGUCUUGUCUCAUUCGCCCUAGAGCGUCGCAAGCUCACUCCACCUCCAGAUUAUCCAAGGUCUUUCUCAAACCCCGUCCGAGCAAUCGCGCAUUCCACGCCUCUCCUAGGCCACAGUUCCUCGAGACUGUGAUCUUACCAGUCCAUUCUCUUUUUGAAGGUGUGCAUACCCUGACGGGGUUGCCAUGGGUCUACUCUAUUCCUCUCGCAGCCCUGAGCAUCCGAACAAUCUUCGUGCUACCGAUAUCCAUCUACACACGCCGCAUAACCCAGAAGCAAGCCGCACUCGCGCCCCUGGUUCAAUCAUGGGAUUACCAGUUGAGAAAAGAUGCGAUUAAGGAAGUAGGACAUUUAGGGCCAAGUUCAACAACUGCGGUUGUCUUGAAGAAACUGCGCCAGAAGAGAAAAGAGCUCUACCGCAGAUGGAGUUGCGAGUUAUGGAAGGGAUUUCUACCAAUUAUACAACUACCCGUCUUUCUGGUGGCCGUGGAGUGUCUGCGGAAGAUGUGUGGAACUCAUGAGGGGCUCUUGGGUCUGCUAGUGGCAAGCAUAUCAGGCGGAGAUCCGACUGUGCUUGUAGAUGGUGCAAUGACUUUGAAGGAUUUAUUUGAGCCGGGCUUUAUCACUGGCGGCGCGCUUUGGUUCCCUGAUCUUACGAAGGCCGACCCGGAACUAAGACUUCCCUUCAUCCUCUCUGGAGUUAUGCUCUUCAGCCUGGUUAGGUUUUCACGAAGUAAUCUACCAUCCAGCGUUUGGCAGAAGAGAAUAAGAGGAAUUAUGGCCACCAUGGCCCUAGCUGCGGGGCCUCUAUUAUUGAACAUGCCAAGCGCGAUGCUUGUAUAUUGGAUAUCGUCGAGUGUGAUUGCUCAAGCCCAGGGGUUUUUGCUGAACAAACUCAUGCCCAUCAACCGAGUUUCUCCUUGCCAGCCUAGGAAGCCUCUUCGAAUCGGACGAGCCAUGGCCAAUAAGAUUCCAUAG